UAUAACUAGAAGUCAACCUACCCGCUAUCAACGUACCCGACCUACUAGAUUGACUGUACUAUGUCCAGAGGAAUCAAUGUAGGGCUACUUUCCUAUUUGAUUACUCAUAAUAGGCAUCCCGGCGGUAGGUAAUAAUUCCAGCUUUUAUUCAUGUUGCCUCAAGAUUUAUCAUACGAACGUGUGGGCUUGUUAGAGACAGUUGCGUUUCUCCAAACAUCCAUCUUAUGUUGCUCCUGUUUCAUCUACGUGCAUAGACGCUUGAACAGUAGGUGCUUGCAGCUUGCCAUUUAAAACAUCUGCAGGUUUGGACGGAAAUCCAGUCCUAGUGGCCGAGGGUUCGGUUAAUAAAAGAUAUUUCUGCACUUUCAUGUACGGGGUUUCCACUCAGUUGCGCGACAAAAGCGUGUAGUGGGCGCAUUUGCGCGGGACCUGGUAAGGAAGAGGAGAGAAGAGGGGGAGUUCAGCCCCGGGUUUCUAUCAAUAUUUCCAUGUUCCAAUAUUUUGAUAGAAAUUACUACCAACUCCCACGCCUUCGAUGCUCACGAGUAAAGUCAGCCUAACGUAGAAGCCAUACUUUUAUUCUCUAUAUUCAAACUACCACAUACCAUGGACGGAAGAAAUAUUGCUAACAUUGAAGAGCUAAGCAAGCGUUAUGAAUACAUGCUCACUUCACAACCACACGCAGAGUCCUACCCUGAUAUUCGAUCCGCCAAGAAUCCAGCCCAGACUGCACCAUACACGUUUAACCCCCCGUCAGUUAAAUCUGAUACUAUUAGCACUUCGAGGGAGAGCAUCUUUGACCGGUCCUCAACCGGGCACUCAGCGACCAGCUCAGACGCAGUUGAUGAUUAUCUUCCAGAGCUUCGUGCAACCAAGCCGUGUGACAAACCCCCUAAUAACGAGGACCACAGACACACUUUUCCUGAUAGCUUACAGUCUUGGGACCCCUCGAAUUGGAUCCAUGGGGUCGGUGGAUUUGUACCUGAGCACCACCCCGAGAGUAACACAAAUGUGGCAAGUCAACACGGUCAUGCAGAACUUGAGAGCGAACUUGAGAGCGAACUUGAUGACGACGACUUCGAUUCCGAUGACGAAGGCCACGACGAUUAUCAACGGAGUAGCAAGCUAGAUAGGAUCGAAACAGCCGUCUUGGAAAAUGUCGAAGACUUAGAGUUCGCCUCUCAGUUGAUUGUAGAGCUGCACAAGGAUCAAGUUCACCGGGAGGAACGAACAAUUGGGGGUUGGCAAAAAGGGGUCAUGAAUUGCCAAAAUUCGCCAGGCUUUGGAGAGAGCUCAAAUCCAACCAAUGGAAGUUCUAAUGCAGAUCAGAGAGGUUCAAAUUCUUCCAAAAGACGGCGAUCUUCUAAGUCAAACGGUAGAGGCGGUAGGGGUAUUAGUGGUUCCGAUAAUGGAGAUGAAGAAAGAGACGACGAAGGCAGCGGAUCACCAGAAAACCAUGACGAAGGGUCAAUCUCGGGAGAUCCUCGAAAACGAUACGCCUGCACGCUCAACAAAUUUGACCCUGAGCGGUUUUGCAGUAACAUCCAUACAGGUGAUCAGUUCCGAGUGUGUGAAUCGGGAUUCAAGACAAUCCAACGUCUGAAGGAGCACAUAAAAAGGAAGCACUUGGUCAUACAAUGCGAUCGCUGCUCUAAGAACUUUUCAGAAAAGGGGAAAUCCAUGGAAGAGGGCAUUGCUGAGUUGAGAAGACAUCGUCAGCAGUUGGAGUCGUGCACAAUAGCAAGGGCUGGACAAGGUUGGGGAAUCAACUUGGAACAGUGGACACUGCUAGAUAGAAGCGUCGGUAAGAAGAGACAAAAGGUGUCCGAAAUCGAGAAAUGGUAUGACAUAUGGGAAACCAUUUACCCAGACGUACCACGUCCUCCUCAUCCUUGGGCCGAGCGGACUACCCCUGGGAUUAAACUACGACCAACAUCAGAAAAUGCUCGAGAUUUCUUCAUGAUUUUUGCAAGAUUCUUACAACAUUAUACUGAUUCUGGCAAGAUCCAGUUCAUUCCAGGACAAGAAUCGUUAAUGAGAGAACGUAUCAACUCGAUGGCUCAACAGGCAUAUAACCUCCACAUGAGCCUGAAUGAGAACCUCUCUUUGGAAAAUAUUUCCUGUAGUGGCCAAACACCAACCCAGAUUGUUACGCCUAAGACGCCGGCUACAGAAUGUCAGAAUCUGGAGAUAGCGCAGCUGCAAAUAUCAGACCCGAAUGACAUUAGUUGGCCAAUGUUUAUGCCGGAGUCUUAUUCCAAUGGUACCUCGGCAAACUUGUAUUCUACACCAUCGUCCAAUAUCCCCUUGUCACACAUACCAGACAAUAAUCUUAACGACUUAUAUUGUCAAAGUCCGCCCACAACCCUCUCUCGAGCUGCAGAAUAUCCGGAAUUCGAGUUUUUUGAUUUCGGGCUGUGUCCUCCCACGGGUCCUGGCGAGCAGGAUGACUUUUUCCAUAUGACUUAACUUAACUAGGGACAGGCUAGUAGGAUUUCACUUGUUCAACAUAUUUCAUUGUCACCUGAUCGGGUUCGAGGAAAAUUGAGGGAGGAAGACCGAACAAUUUCACUUUCAUGUCUGCUGUUUCCUAAACACUUUCCCUUUGCUAAUACGACGGUGAUCUCCGUAUGGAGCAGUGAAUUUA